AUGCAUGGAGGCUUGUCCCCGGAACUUAGUCACCUCGAUGUUAUUCGAAAUAUACCACGUCCAUGUGAACCUCUUGAUCGCGGUCUUCUUAUCGACCUUACUUGGUCCGAUCCUACCAACAAAGGAGAAGGAUGGUUUCAUUCAAUAAGAGGAAUUAGCUACAUGUUUGGCAAAGGAGUGGUUCAGCAAGCAUGCCAGAUGCUUGGAAUUGAUUUGAUUAUUAGAGCUCAUCAGGUUGUGCAAGACGGAUAUGAGAUGAUGGCGGGCAGAAAGUUAAUCACUGUCUUCUCAGCACCAAAUUACUGUGGACAAUUCACUAACGCAGCGGCAAUAGUGUGUCUCGACGAAGACUUACAGAUCACCUUUCAACAAAUGAAAAUGCAAAUUCCGGCCAAUCUUGCGCCGAAAGCUCGAACCGCUCCAGCAAUUGCAUGUGACACUAAUCCGACGAACGCUAAAGCGGACAAGGAAUUUAUAAAACCAUUCACUGUGUGUUACAAGUCCACUUGUCUUGUUGUGUGCAAUAUUAUACAACCGGGGUUCAAAUCAAAAGGAGCAUCAACAACAAAAACAGAAGAAAAAGAAAAGCCAAAAACAGAAGAAAAAGAGAAAACAAAAACAGAAGACAAGGAGAAGAGCAUGAAGACUGCAAGAAUGCCAGUUGUAGAACAGGCUACAGAAGAGAAGCCAAAAACAGAAACUGCCCCAGCACCUUCGUCGAAUGCUCCUACAUCCUCUGUGCCUCCAGGUCCUGAUGCUAAUGAAAGUAAUGAUAAAAAAGAAGAACAGGUAACGUUUACAUUAGAUAAAAGCGCAGACGGAAGAUAG